CCCAGGGAAGGGCGCCGGGCUGGGGGCGGGGUGACGCUGUCACGGCGCUAGCGUUGGAAGCGGAGACUGGCUGGGGAAGGCGGCCGGAGGCAACUGCAAGGGAGUCACCAGAGUGUGGUGAUGUAAGGAACUCCCUCUCCUCCAGGGGGAGAGAGAGAUCUUGAUAUCCACGCUCUCCUUUGCAGGACAGUGUAAAGAGCUGCCACUCAACCACAGAGAUUUCAACAGGGUUUUUUUUGUAGAGACUUUGGAGUGGUGGUUCUUCCGUUUCUGAUAAUUGAAAUGUACAAUGGAACAUGUUCAAGAACAUGACGAGGGCCUUGUGCAAACCCAGAUGUACUGGGUGGAGAGACCGGUAUAUAACCAAGAGUUCUUACAAGGACAGCUGCACAAGAAGGAAAAGACAUCUCAGUCUCUUGGCCGGAAGAUAGCACGUUCUUGUCGUUGUUCUUCCAAGAAAGCCAAGUCUCAUCUCUACAGUUUUUUACCAGUUUUAAAAUGGCUGCCCCGUUAUCCGGUGAAGGAAUAUUUGUUAGGAGACAUAGUCUCAGGUAUAAGCACUGGGGUUAUGCAGCUUCCUCAAGGAUUAGCCUACGCUUUGCUGGCAGCUGUUCCCCCGGUAUUUGGCCUAUAUUCUUCAUUUUAUCCUGUUUUUCUAUAUACCUUUUUUGGGACCUCUAGACACAUAUCAAUAGGCACGUUUGCGGUGAUCAGUCUGAUGAUUGGUGGAGUGGCUGUCAGAGAAGCUCCUGAUGAAAUGUUUAAUAUUAUGGAAUCUAAUUCCACCAAUAGCACUGAUCUCCUUGAAAACUAUAAAGCCAGAGAUGCCAUGAGGGUAAAGGUAGCUGUGGCCGUCACCUUGCUUUCAGGGAUCAUACAGUUGUCUUUAGGUCUCCUUCGGUUUGGUUUUGUAGCCAUCUAUCUAACGGAGCCACUGGUACGAGGGUUCACUACUGCCGCGGCAGUUCAUGUCUUUACCUCCCAGUUAAAGUAUCUGCUUGGAAUCAAGACGAAGCGCUACAGUGGAGCCCUUUCAGUUGUAUAUAGUUUAAUUGCUGUACUUUCAAAUAUCACAAAAACCAACAUUGCAACCUUAGUUGUUGGAUUAACAUGCAUUGUUUUGCUGCUGAGUGGGAAAGAAAUUAAUGACCGGUUUAAGAAGAAACUGCCAGUUCCUAUUCCUAUGGAGAUCAUUGUGGUAAUAGUAGCUACUGGAGUUUCAGCUGGAAUGAAUCUGUCCAACACAUAUGAAGUGGAUAUUGUUGGGGAUAUCCCUAAAGGAUUACUUGCUCCAAAAGUACCUGAUAUAAAUCUCCUCUCAGCAGUGUUUGUAGACGCAUUAGCAAUAGCAAUUGUUGGCUUUUCCAUGGCUGUAUCAAUGGCCAAAAUCUUUGCACUUAAACAUGGCUACACUAUUGAUGGAAAUCAGGAACUUAUUGCCUUGGGAAUAUGUAAUUCUGCAGGAUCCUUCUUCCAAACCUUCUCGAUCACUUGCUCAAUGUCUCGGAGUCUUGUUCAGGAGAGCACUGGAGGGAAAACUCAGAUUGCAGGUACGCUGUCCUCAAUCAUGGUUCUGUUAGUCAUUGUGGCUAUUGGUUACCUCUUUGAACCACUACCUCAGACUGUGCUAGCUGCGAUCGUAAUGGUGAAUCUGAAAGGAAUGUUUAAACAGUUUGGAGAUAUAACACAUUUCUGGAGAACCAGUAAGAUCGAAUUGGCCAUCUGGAUUGUAGCUUUUGUGGCCUCUGUUCUCCUGGGACUAGACUACGGCUUGCUUACUGCUGUGGCGUUUGCAAUGAUAACCAUUAUUUACAGAACACAAAGUCCACAGUACAGAAUCCUGGGUCAAAUUCCCAACACAGACAUUUACUGUGACGUGGAAGACUAUGAAGAGGUGAAAGAAUAUCCUGGAAUAAAAAUAUUCCAGGCCAAUGCCUCCCUCUAUUUUGCCAAUAGUGAAUUGUACACAAGUGCCCUGAAGAAAAAGACUGGAGUUGAUCCAUGUGCUGUAUUGGCAGCAAAGAAAAAAGCCGAGAAAAGGCAUGCCAAGGAACUUCAGCAGACAAAUGAACACAGGGAGAAAGCAGUCUUGAAGCAUACUAGUGACAUGGAAACAAGCGUAAAACACGAGGUAAUAAAUGAUGAGCUUCCCCUAAAUGGAAAAUCUGCAGAUGCUAAUGCACAAGACACAUCUCCUCCUGAUGAACUUGAACACUUUAUGGAGCCAAUGACAAAUGUUCACUAUAUAAUUUUGGACUUUACACCAGUGAACUUUGUGGAUUCAGUUGGAGCAAAAACGUUAAAAUCAGUUAUAGAAGAAUAUAAAGAAGUUGGUGUUUUUGUGCGCAUAGCCGGCUGCAGUGGCCCUGUUAUGGAUGAUCUGACUCGACUUAAUUUUUUUGAAAAAUCCACCACCAGAGAUUUGCUGUUUCACAGUGUUCACGAUGCUGUUCUCUCCUGCCAGCUGAAGGUUGGGUCUGUUCCACAAACUGCCUCAGACCUCUUUGUUACUACUUCACAAACACACAUGGAGAACUGAAAUCUGCAUAAUUCCAUGAGAAAGCGAGACUCUACGAACAUGUAAUUUGCACAGUAUAAACAGAGCAUAAGACUAUGCACCUCUACGGGUAUACUCUAUAGAGAUGGGAUAGUUUAUUUGCUACAGGAAUAAUGAACAAAGUUUGCUGCCUUAAUAUUUUUGAACUGUGCUCUUCCUUACCUGAAUCCAGGUGUAACUUAAACCAACAUGCAAACAUUUUAGUUGUAUGUUGUUGAAAAUAAUGUAUUUUGCUGCGGACAGGAUAUUAGAGCAUUCUGAUGGGGGUGGGUUAAGUUUUUAGAAACAUGGCAUUAGAGGAUAUUGCGCUAAGCUGUGUAUUAGUUCACUUUGGAUAAAAUAUUGAAACACCUGGAGUGAAAGUAAUGGACAAAUUGAUAUGUUGCACACUGUUUCCAGCAAAGUGGGAUCUUGCAGAAAAUGCCUUUUCUGCAAUUGCCAAUGCAAUGCAGUGUACCACUGUCUUAAAGGGUUUUCUUAAACUGCUGCCAGUGUGUAUAUAGGCAUAGUUGUGAACAAGAAAUCUACUAGCUGGAUUUGUGCCAUUUCAUGCUGCUGUCAUUAACUGCUGUUUUCUUGAGCUGGAUGGUACAGACCAGGUUCCUAUUUUUAUAUUUAACCUGUCUCAACAGUGACCACUUGGUUCUCAAAAUAUUCUCCCCAUUUUGGCUGAAUUUCAAACCAAACAUAAUUAGUAUAUUACAGUUCCUACUAAACCAUUCCAGUGCUACAGUUGAGUCACACCUACUAGAAAAUAGCAAAGAAUUACCACGUCGUAAAUGAUUGAGAAUAAUCUGGUUAAAGGGGGUGUGACCAGACUGUCUGAGACAGAUGAACCUUCUGCAGUCCCUUUUUAAACUGCUACAGGCAGGUAGUCAAGGCCCAAUACAUAAUUAAAUGUGGAAGAAGAGACCUAUUCAGUCAUCUACACCUUCCUGCUCCCCAUGCAGGCUUGUCCCUGAUCCUGCUUUUAAAUGCUUUUAUAACAUGAAGUUUUGCAUCCAUGCGGAGAUAAGUGCCUUGCCUCUGAUCCAGCUGGCAACACAGAUGGGCAAAAUUUGGCAUCGGCAAUGAAGCCAUGACUGGAAAUUAAAAGGAUUAAGUGAAUGUACUUAAUGUAUCACAGGAGCAUUUUAGUGCCAGGGUAGAUUUUGUAGUUUUAAUCUAGCACCCAUCCUUUUGUAUCAACAUGCAGUAUAUUUUUUUAGCUGUACAGUUUCUUCAGUUAAUGUCAAAAUUGUCUGUCUUCAACAUCCCAAAUAAAGAGGGGUUCAAUGA